CUAAUACCUUUGAUCGUGAAACGCCGUAGGCUCGUGCACCAUUGGAAGGUGUGCACUGAUCUCUCCUCAUAUUGACACUAUAAAACGUUGAAUUUGACGCUGCUGAUCGUUGCUCAUCUUCUCAACUUACCACGGGUCAUUCUCCGAUCCCCAAGAUGGCUUCGUCGUCGUCACCUCCCAAAGUCAUUGUGAAAUGGAAGACAGAAGAUGAAGAGGAGUUGUUGCGGCUCAUUAAGACGCGUACAGAGUGGAUUUGCCUCUUUGCUGAGGGGCAGCAGCAGCUCUCACAGAAGUGGAUAUAUCAUAGGGAUAUAGCCAUAGCGUUGUGGCCACACGAUCAAGCGAGAGAGAGGAGGUUCCUCUGGAUCCUGCAGGCCAAAUUGCGUGGCCUUGUCGUUGUCAAAGAUGGCAAGUGGGAGCCGACUGAUCUGUGGGACCAUCGAGUCAGCAAUCCGAUAAGGAACAAGAUCUCACAGUGAGAUCCGCUUGUUGAAAUUGGGUCAUAGCUCAGACGACUUAGUUUUAUCUGCAAGUAUCGCGACAUCAGCGCGAUUAUCCGGUGAAUCCUGGCUGG